CGCUGCGAGUGCGAGUUCGAGCACGAGUUGAAUAUGGCGACGGCCAAGUCACUCCGGAUCCGGGAAUACGAUGACGCGGAUAAUCUGGUGGCCACAUAUAUCCAGAGCGAGGGGGGCAGCACGGAAGAGAGCAGCAGAAUCGAUGUGAUUCGAUCGGAGGAUUCCAUUUCGAUUGCCUCCCUAUGGCACAAGACUGUAGACGUGUUUCUCCCCGUUGGAUUCCCGCAGAGUGUCACAGAUGACUACUUGGAGUAUCAAAUCUAUGACUCCUUGCAGGCCUUUUCCAGCAGUAUUGCUGCCAUGCUCUCGUCUCGUGCGGUCCUCGAAGGCGUGGGCGUCGGAGAUGCAACUGCCAAUGCAACCACUGCGCUCCUGUUGUCCAUCCUCCAAGACUCAGUCGGUCGAAUUACCACCAUCAUGUUCGCGCACCGCUUUGGCAUGUCCUUGGAACCCGAGUGCAAAAUGUACCGCUUGCUGGCAGACAUUCUCAAUGACACCGGCUUCGUCCUCGACUGUCUGUCGCCCAUUUUCCCCAAGCCGACGCGUGUGGUUAUCUUGAGUUUCAGCAGUAUUCUUCGUUCCUUGUGUGGAGUCGCAGCGGGAAGCGCAAAGGCCAGUCUGAGUGCACAUUUUGCCAAGCAAGGCAAUCUGGGUGAGCUCAAUGCAAAGGAUUCGAGUCAGGAAACUGUCAUCUCCCUGGCAGGCAUGCUGUUCGGUAGCUGGGUCAUCACCUGGGUCAAGACGCCUGUUGCCACAUGGACGGCACUAAUUUUGUUGCUUUCCAUCCAUCUCGAGACCAACAGACGUGCUGUACGAGCCGUCAAGAUGCAGACUCUGAACCGGCAACGUGCCACGCUCCUAUAUCAUCAUCUGCGCAAAGGCCAUCUUCCCACACCCAUCGAAGUCGCUGACCAGGAGCUCAUCUUCGAGCGCGAUGGCAUUCUCCGAAGCAGAGAAGGGCGAGCCAUCGGCCACUGCUCAGUGGGUGCGCCCAUGUCGAGACUUUUGGCCGCCGUCGGACAGCAGCACAAGACCACCAAGUCUAUACGCGUGGACGACCAGCAACAUCUCAACCGCAUCCUGGAACUCUAUUCCGAUGCACAAUGCAUCGUCUGGUGCGACCCAUCUUCCCGACCGGGCAAGGCAAGCGUCUUCAUCGUUUUGAAAAAGGCAGCCGAUUCCAAAGCUCUCACUCUGGCGUGGUGGCAGGCUCUCGAAUUUGCCGAAUGCCUCGGCGUCGCUCCUACACCCGUUGCGGACAUGAAUCCCGACGAGCUCUCUCGCCUCCCCGAGGUGUUUGGAAAAGUCCGAGACCAGGUCAACGCGCUCUGGACGACUCACUACGAUCGUUUGGUAGAGUUGGGGUGGGAUCUCGAUUCUGCUGCUCUGGAGACUGUCGCGAGCUCUCGAGUCGAUAUUGAGUGCUGAUUUCUGGGUGUUUUCUUGCUUUUCU